AUGAGUGAUGUUCCUCUUAAUUUGCGGUUGAUUAACCAGGAAAAAGAUGGUAGUAUUUUGUUUACCUGGGAUGAGAAACAACCUGAAGAUGAUGUGCCAAGGACCUAUAUUGGAUUAUUCUGUCAUGAUUCAAAGAACCAUCAGAUUGUAUGGACCUUUAACCAAGUGGAAUAUGUUGCCAGUUGUUCCAUUAACCAGCACCAUACUCUUGUUGCCUUUACCAUUUUAAAUCAAAAUGAAGAAGGAUUGGAAGGAUAUGAUGUUUACACUGCCUUUUUGGCUGAGAUUCUGGAGCCAAAUCGUCUUUUCUCCUUGAAUAUUGAAAGGAUCAACUUUUUGAAGGUUCAGUUUCUUCACUUAACCACGGGACCAGGACAAGGCAAUGAAAUGCUGGAAAGAGAAGCAUAUAUGUUAGUCUUUCUUCACAAAGAAUCAAUUAGCUUGUAUCAUAUUCCUUUAGCAAGGGCUGGGGAAGAUGCAAUGGUAAUGAAACGACAGCCAGAAAAAGAACAACUGGCUGGUGAAUUUAUGUGGUGCUCUUGGGAUGUUCACCACCAACGUCUCCACUAUAUUUACCAUCAACACGAUGAAAAGGAUGUGAACUAUAGGAAUUGCCAUACCAUUUUGUCAACAUUGCAAUUUGGGUUCAAUGGCAAAUAUGACAGCAUGGUUGAUGUUCCACUCAAUUUCCCUUUUCCAUUUGAUUCCAAAACCAGUUUUCCUAGCUAUAUUGAUAUUCCACUUUGUUCUGUCAUCCCAGAUCGCUCACUGAACAUUGAAGUGAUAACACAUUCCAAUGGUACUUUUUGUGUGUGCUACCAGCCAACAUUAUCCGUGGAAAAAUUUUCCCCGCGAAGAUUUGCUAAGAAAGAAGAUGAAGCAUUUGAUGUUGUCUAUUUCGUCUGCAUGGUUCACCAUGUCCAUACUCUCCAGGGAACGGUUUUCAAGGUUCCUUAUGAAGCCACAUAUCGUAGACUAAUUUUCACUUGGUACAAUGGCUAUCUUGUGGUCUGCCUUCCAGGAUUUUUCACUCAUAUGCUGAAUGCCAGUAUUGAGUAUGAACCAUGCAAUCACAUUUUAUUACAUGAAGAAUCUUUGAUUGGUGAGGUUUGCCCAGUUAUUUCCUCAAAGAGCACGAAUAUGAUAUCAGAAAUUGAAGUUCAGGAAUCGCCAUCAGUUCCUCUUUUGAAGGAAGAUGAGCUCUCCCUUUUACAUUCAAACAAUAAAAAACUCCAACUAAUGAGUCACUACUGCAAAGGAAUGUGUAUAUCUGGUUGGACACUUUAUGAUCGGAAGAAGCAGUUACUGUACAAAGUGAAACUGAACAAAGAAAAACUUGUGGAUCUUUUCAGUAGUUGCUAUUUGUCCACAACAAGAAUGGCCAUUUUUCAUUAUGCUAUCUUGCAUGAAAGAGACUACAAUGUCACCAAGAAGAUAUUUGAAUCUCUCAGCAAUGACUGUGCUAGUCCAGAAGUGCAAGAAAUUUUUGCAGAAUUUCUUGUCAGUACGACUUAUUUGAAUAUGCGCAGAAGAGUUUCUAAGAAUAUUCUUUUGUUGGUACCAUUUACAACGUCAGACACGUUUAGAGGACAAUAUGAAAAAAAUGAAGCUACAGAAAUUUUGGCCAAAAUCCAGUAUCAUGUUCUUCCAAGCAUUAAGAUUGGUAAGAAAACAGCCAAAGAUCGCCUUGGACGUUUGCAUUUUGAAGACUUGUGGGACACUCUUCGACAACAUUUACGACAGAACCAAUUGAUGCAGCUGCAAUUUCCUAGAUUUUCUGCUUCAGAAAUCAUUCAGCAUAAAGUAUCUCUUCUUCUCACUACUACUCAGAAUAUUGAACAUUCUACAUGGCACUUUGUUGAUGGGGAGUCAUUUCUAAACAAACUUGGCCGUAGUCACAGUUACACCCAUGAUGUCAGUUCAUCGGAAUCUGAUGCUGAACUAGGCAAGGCCUCAACACCAGAACCAAUUCUUGGUUCUCUGCCUUCCUUUUUAAGGAGCAUGCAACUGACCCGAGAGUUCAGGAUGCUAAUGCAGUUGGUGAAAGAUACUUUCACAGAAUUUCUAAUAAAGUUUCUGAAAUGUGAACCUCAAGUAAAGUUAGAGAACAUUGCCAAAGAAUAUGUGGCUAGUCAGUUGCACCAAGCACGUCAAUUGUGCCACAUGGUUUGGAGCAUUAAAAAACCAGAGGAAAACCAAUCACUAACCCAACCUGCCAGUCAGGAUGAAUAUGAAUUAUUUCAACUUUUUGAACGCAUCUUAAUGGCCCUAAAAGAACAAGCAUUCCCAAUAACUGAAGGAUUUUGCACAUAUUUUACUAUACUUGCAUUUCGCUGCCUUCCCCAGAGCCAAUUUCUUCAUUAUGUUGACAGUGGAGUGUUGGUUAUGACAGAAGUUUUUGUAAGCCAACUAUUGCAAGCUUUUGAUGGAGAAGAACAUGUAAGCUUGAAAUACCAGAUUAUCACCAGACUUCCUGAGAAAUUGGUACUCUCUUGCUGUCAAAAAUGGAACCAUCCCUACGCCAUCACUUUUUUCACAAUGCACAAUGUUCAGGAGAUGUUGCUCAGUCAAUCAAUGGAAUGGGGACUUCCUGCGGAGGAUCAUAUCUAUUUUACAAAUAGCCAAAAUUCAGAAGAAAGCAAACAAGUCAAAAAGCACCCGUUCUACCCACUUUCAGCUUUUAUGGAACAUCUUAAUGAAAAAAAUCACAGUGAGCAAGAAGGUGUUGAAUUGCCAGGAGGCAGACAACUUCAGGACACAGCACUUUGUCACACUUAUCAUGAGACUGACUGUGACCUUGGAGUAGUAAACUUUUAA